GCAUUGCUAUAUCUUCCUCGCAACAACCAUCAAGCAUGGCCUCGAUGGCCACUUCAUCGCAUAAGAACGCGCCGGCCUUUGCGCAAACAUGGGACGAAUCCGACGCUGCUUUCCUCGACCCGAAGUCGCUACCCAUACAGAGGCUACCGCGAGCCUGGGAUCGUAAACAGGAGGUUAAGACAGCCGGGAACGGGAAGAAGAAGGAAAUCUGGCGCAAGUACGGCACGCGAUCGCGCACAUCCGACGCAACUUCGAGAUACGAUCCGGAAGACGAUACACGGGCAAGAGCUGUCAAGCGACAGCAGCGCAUGAGCCCUAAGGCUAUAGAAAAGUCGGCGGCUUCGCGCUUCGGUCAAUCACGCGCUUUUAAGGCAACCCGCUGGGACCGUCGGAAAAGCGUGCUACCAAGGAAAAAGGUUGUAGGAGCGGAAACCUCACCGGAAGUUGAAGACGACAACGACGACGAGCAAGACACGACAACCACGGACCUUGGCAAUGACAGCUUCUCAGAAAUGACCGUUGAUAGUGUGAGGGCAGAAGCACAAGAGAUGGUGUUACUGCCUGAGGGUGAAGGCCGCAGAGCUACAUUUACAUUCCUCCUCGAUGAUGACGAAAAGGUCUCGUACGCAGAGGCUAUGGACGACACUUCUGCUUCGAUUGUGGACGAUGCCCAUACCGAACAUCUCGAACAAGACGUCACUCUCACGCGGCUCUUCCAGGCUUCCCACGAUGUGUCUUUCGAAGACGCAACUCCGUUAGAAACUCUGAGUUAUCCCGAUGUACCCACUGUGUCCGCUUCUGAAGAUGGUGCCGCUGUUCCUAUUGAGGAAGACAAAUUAUGUGAGGAAGUCGUCGACCGAGAAACCGAUGAACACCCUGUCUCGGUCCAGCCUGCAGAAGAUGCAAUGGACGAAGACACGGCUACAGAGGCAGAGCCCGUCGCUCGGGACGUUACGGGAGGAGACAGCGAGGUUGCUGCUGGAGGGGUUGCGUAUCCGGCACUUCCCCAAGAGCCUGAUGCCGAAGAGCCAGCUGAUCGCAUAGACGAUUCCCUAGAGAUCGACACGACUGCCCCUUGGUCUCCUCAAACUUCUGAAGCUGACUCUGCGGAUUUUGACUUUGAUGGCCAAGAUGAAGACCUGGACGAGAAUUUUACGGAGGCAUCCUUGCAGAUGAACAUACAGCGAGACAUGCAAUUAGAGCAGCCAUCUCGUUUAGACAGCUGCGCGCUUGGAGAUACUGAAGAUGUUGCAAAUCAGGAAGACUCACACAGGCCGUCUCUAACGGUAGAUAAUGGUGUGGACGAUAUCGCGUCAGGCCUUCAGUUUGGACCCGUAGAUUCGUCUAGGGAACCGACACCACGGAAACUGCGAUCACCUUCGCCGCCACCACGAACAGCAAGCGGACCAGAAGAUACUACCAUGACGUUCGCUUUCGACGAUGAUACUGCCCUACUGAAGGACUUCCUUUCUCGAGCAGCAGCCAGCAAAGCGAACAAGGCUGAGACCAUUGCUCGACGCGAAUCUCUGCAGAACCGCCGCGAUUCAGAUGUCAUACGCCACGCCCUCGCAUCUCCUCGCAAGGCACUCGAAGACAAAGAUCCAAACUCCCCUUCAAAGUUCGAUAAUGACACGACGCUGAACCUAUCUCAAACACUCACCUUGGACCUGGAGUCUACUGUCCCCUUAUCCCCAGGCAAAGGCUCAACCCCGGCGGAGACAAAGGCGGAAGACGCCGAUAACUCCAAAGCGGGAGGUAUAUCGAGACGCUCAUCGCGAGCGCGUACAUCGCGUCUUCCAGCGCCCUCAUCGAUUCCAUCCGGUCCGCCAAAGAUAUCCGUGAAGCGUGACGGCGGCGACCCGGUCGUCCUCAAGAAAACCGACGCACAAGAGCUGAGUUUGCUCACUCGAUCCAACACACGCAAGAACAAGCAAGGCGGCGUGGCCGUCAACGUCCGCCUCUUGAAGCUUUUGAGUGAGGCUCGCAUUACUGAAGCCAAAGGCACCGCAGAAUCGACCGAGGCCAUAGUUCGGGUGCCUGGAAAGAAAUACGUCCGCUGGGACUCCCAGCUGGCUUACUUCCAAGAGAACCCACAGGCUAUCGCUGACGCCCUCGCUGACGCAGAGUCUCUUGCUACGCCCGACGAGCUGAGCACAGCUGCCCCAGUCGCAAAGCCUACCAGAGUGAAGGUGCCUAAGUUUGACAAGGACGCGACACCCAAGGUGCGCAAGGUCAGGAAUUUAGGCCCCAGGAACGGUACGCCUGGCAAGGGGCUGCUCACGCCUGCAUCAUUGCUUCCAGACGCCAUGAUGGCCGACAAAGAAGAGCUGGAAGAGAAGCAGCGGAUGUCCAAGCCGAAGACCAGCAGGAUUAGGAAGAUGGCCGUGGCAAGCACAGACACCACAUCCACACCUGCACCUGUAGAGUCGAAGCUCCCCAUGCUAGAUAUCGCUCCCGUCGGCAUCGACCCCACGAAAGUGUCGUCGAUGAAGGAGCGUAAGAGCAGACUGGCAACGCCCAGGAAAGUAAAGCUGCCUCAGCUCUCUUCUUCGGCUUUAGGAGAAGGGAAGGAGAAUCAAGGCAAGAGUAUCGCGGCGCCUGCGCCCAGGAAAAGCAUCCCGAUGCCAUCUGUGGUCAUACCCGCAAAGAUGGAGAUGCCUGUGACAACGACGGGAUUGCCACGGCGGAGAGGGAGGAAGACAUAGGGUUCGCUUGUGUGGCGCGUCUCACGGUUCUUACGAUGGAGUUGCAUACCUUUCCUUUCUGCAUUGUAGCACUUGAGCGG